AUGACUGUUCCCACCUCCUUCACUGUUUCAUAUUCCCAAAUUCCUUCUUUCCUCUCCGACUUGAAAGAGUCCAACCCAGGGACGGUCACGGCCAUUGAAACAACCACCGAUGGGAAUGGUUCUCAACUCUUCAAACAUGUAUUCAUCUCACACGGUGCAAGCCAACUAGGGUUCCUUUACUUACGAAACCUCAUUGUUGUUUCUGGUGCCAACAUGAAAAGACAGAUACCAGGUUAUCUCAUCGUCGCUGUAGCCCAGGACGCAAACUUCCAGACAUUCCCUCUCGCCAUGGCGAUUGUAGACCGUCAGAGCGAAGAGACGUGGAGGUGGUUUCUAAAGGAGCUCGAGGAAUGCUUCCCUGACAAUAACCAGAUUACAUUUCUGUCUGAUGCAGGCCCGAUGUUUACAAGAUCUCUCACAGCUAUCUACCCAAACGCCAAACACGUUGAUUGUCUUCGUCGUGUUCAGAUGACAGUGCAGCUUUAUUUUCGAGACACCACAUUGAAGAGCAUGAUUCGGGAAGCUGCGUGUGCUUACACGACGGGUGCGUUUCGGAGGGGCUUCAACCAGCUGAAGGAAAAGAACCAGGAUUGUGCUACAUUCCUACUGGCGUAUGGCUUGCCUCGUUGGACUAGGUGUUACCAAGCCGGUGAAAGAUUCAACAUGAUGACUGCAAACAUUUCCCAAAGCGUGCUUCAUCUAAUGCUUUCUCAACCAGUUAUGCCGAUAAUCCAGUUUCUGACCUUUUACCAUUCCACUGUCAUGGUUUGGUUUCGGUCAAGGCUUCGCGCAUCAAUGGACCACACAGGCGUCAUCUCUCCAGGUGUUCAGAGUUUAAUGGACAAAGCCAGCGACACCAUGAUGCAAUGGCAGGUUACCCAAAUAAGUUAUGGGUGUUGUGAAGCUGUGAAUAACCUCGGCGAGACACAUUUUGUGAAUCCUCUCAGACGCACAUGUUCUUGCAUGAUGUUCAACAAACUUUGGAUCCCAUGUGUUCAUGCCAUUGUUGCCGCUGAUGCUUUUGAUGUCCCGGCAUCGUCUCUUGUUCAUAACUGCCACACCUCUCUCGCCUGGUUUGAAACCUACACAUCUCAAAUCUAUCCUAUUGCACCACGGAAUGAACAGACCAACACUCCAUUGCCUGAGGCCGAACUGGUUCUGCACCCCCCAACACCGAGAAUUCUCGUCGGUCGUCCACGGAGUAUUAUCCAUAUGGUAACCAAUUUAUAA